AAAUGAAAACGCGGAACUAGAUCCGGAGGAAAGUCGUAAAUCUGACUGAGACACGCGUUACUACCAACACCGUGCUGAAGUCCACGCAAAUCUAUUUGACUCAAGCAGCGUUAUUGCACAUGUUGCGUCAGCCUAAGAUCUUGCCAAACUACAGGUUUACGCAAAAAGCUUGUUUUUCCGGUCGCAGAGCCCAAUGAAACUCCCGAGUGGACUCGGCUCCUUUAAUGUGUGUUGCUGAACACUGGGGGUAAACUCGCUUGAAUCAUGAAUGACAGGGAUGAUUUCAGGCCCGUGACACGGAGUCGAAGGCGCGCGACUAUCACCAACGCAAAGACUGAGACUUUGAAGCUCAGAAACGGCGCGACAUCAGAAGUCAAAACUCCCCAAAAGAAGCAGGAGUCGAGAAACUUACAGCUGAAAGAAGACAACAAACGAAAAUGCGAUCGAUACGACCAAAUGAGUUGUCACAAAAUGCAAGAGUCAUUGCUCAGUUCUGCAAGCAGCUUCAAAAAUUACAGAGGCAUUCUGAACUGGUGUGUGGUAAUGCUGGUUUUGAGCAAUGCACGCCUGUUCUUGGAAAACCUUCUCAGGUAUGGCAUUUUAGUGGACCCCAUUGAAGUUGUGUCAUUGUUCCUCAAGGACCCUUAUAGCUGGCCUGCUGCGUGCCUGGUCAUUGUGUCUAAUGUGUUCAUACUUGUUGCAAUGUACACCGAGAGGAAACUGGCUAUGGGCUCGAUCAGUGAGAAGGUUGGCCUGAUGAUUUACAUCUUCAACUUAACUGUCAUCUUGUGGUUUCCUGUGAUGGUCGUUUUGAAGCUGCCAUCCAUCACACCAAUCGGUGGGGCGUUUGCUUUAGGAAUCUACACCAUCCUGUUCUUAAAGUUGUACUCGUACAAAGACGUUAACAGGUGGUGCAGAGAGAGAAUGCAAGUGAAGGCCCGCAGUCUCUCGAGAUCUCUGUCAUGUCCAUCAACUCCAUCUAUGCCCAGCAAUAUGCACGUGUCUUACCCGGGAAACCUUUCUCUCAGGGAUAUGUAUUAUUUUGUUUUCGCUCCAACCCUGUGCUAUGAGCUCAAUUUCCCACGUUGUGAAUCCAUACGUAUGGGAUUUCUGCUAAGGAGGCUUUUUGAGAUGUUGCUUCUCACUCAGUUAUUGGUUGGUUUAACACAGCAGUGGAUGGUGCCAGUCAUUCGAAGUUCAAUGAAGCCUUUGCAGGAAAUGGACCACACUAGAAUGACCGAACGUCUGCUUAGACUGGCUGUGCCCAACCAUCUUCUCUGGUUGAUUUUUUUCUACUCAUUUUUCCAUUCCUCAAUGAACUUUGUGGCUGAACUGUUGAGGUUUGGAGAUCGUGAAUUCUACAGGGACUGGUGGAACUCUGAGACGAUAACAUACUUCUGGCAGAACUGGAAUAUUCCUGUGCACAAAUGGUGUCUCCGGCACUUUUACAAGCCUUUGCUGAGAAGAGGCGCUGGCAAGUUACUGAGCCAAUCUGCUGUGUUUCUCGCUUCGGCUUUCUUCCACGAGUACCUGGUCAGUGUUCCUCUCAGGAUGUUCAGACUCUGGGCGUUCAUGGGCAUGAUGGCACAGAUCCCACUGGCGUGGUUUGUGGCCAAGUUUCUCCGAGGUAACUAUGGAAACGCCGCUGUGUGGCUUUCGCUCAUUAUUGGCCAGCCUAUUGCCGUUCUGAUGUAUGUACACGACUACUAUGUCACCCACAACAGCCCAGCAGAUGCUGAAGCGCUGUAAUCACACUGUAAAAGCUGGAGGUUUGCUUGAAUGAUUGCCUAGGCUCAGCAGAGCUGCUAAACUUCUAUUUGUUGCCGUACGACUUCUACAGAACAUAUUGCAGAGGUACACACAGAUACAAAUGAAGAGUACUGACAGUCAGGUUUACAUCAAAUAUUUAGAUAAACUCUCAGCAUUAGGGUGUGUAACCCUUCACAAAGAAGUACAACAAUCUGAAGAGCCAGUCUAUGCAAAUGUACAAUACUCUAAGAGUUGUUGAACUGCACAAGAGUUCGAAACUCAAGCUUUUGAAUGUGUGUUUACAGACAUUUGAUGUUAAAGGUGGGGUGUCCGAUUUCUCUGAGCCGUUGUUGACGUUCAAAUCACCAAAACAGACACACCCCUACCCACAUCUGUGGCUUUCGUCAGCGCUCGGCUCGACCGUCCUGUGCACUGUGCACCUUACCUUAAGGUUGUUUUGGUACUCGGCCCGACUUUGUCUAAACAAGCGUUAUUCGGAAAUCGGACACCCCGCCUUUAAGUAAUUGUUUUAAAUGGAAAGGUACAGUAUUUCCUGAGAGUGGGCUACAUGCGUUCUGGGCGUUCACAGAAUACAACUCACAACUUUUUUUCUUUUUUUGUGUGUUUUUAGCAUCUGCAUACAGUAAUGUUAAAAUAUUGUGAAAUGUUUUAUACUGGAAAUAGGUUGAAUGAUGUUCUGCGCAAUUAAUUGCUCUUUUUUUAAAUUUGAUGUCAGUUUAUAAAUCUAUGUAAUGCUGACAUGCAAGGGCAGUUUGUACAGACUGAAAUGUAGAAUGUUUUAAUGGGAAUAUAUUUUAAAGUAAUAUGCGGGAAACGCUUGUUGAUGUAUGACUGCUACGAUUUUUGCAAAGGGAAAUGAGACAGAAAUGUCUGUACAAUUCAAUAUGUCGCGUCCUUAAAUUGUAUAUGUGUAUUUGUAUUUUGUAUACGUUUUAAUUGCAUUUUAGUGUUUAACUAUGGCUAUCUGUCCAUAGCAAACCACACCGUGAUACUCCACUCAUGUGCGCUACCUUGUGGCGAUUCUUGUGAAUAAACAGCCUGUAAACAAUGUUACUGUAGCACAAUUAUUUGUU